GGUGUUGGUGAAAAGAUGAAGAGUGUUUUGCUGUGUGAUUCAGACUCAACUGAGUGGUGAAGUUCUGCCAGGGCUAUAAAAGAAAGGCAACUCCAACUGGAAAACCAGUCUGCGGACAACUGGGGUGGGGUCAUUCCCGGACCCGCUCUGAGACAAGCCGUUGGGAGCUCUUUUCGUCCCCGGCAUGGAAAGAAUCAUUAUAAGGCACCCGAUAGAAACUCCGGUCCGCUACCAGGAGGAAUUUGAAGCCCGAGGCCUCGAAGACUGCAGGCUGGAUCACUCUCUGUAUGCGCUGCCAGGGCCAGCCACAGUGGACCGGAGGAAGGCCAGGUCAGCCCAGGAUCCACCGCUGACCACCGAAGCCGAGGAGAAGCAAGCGGCGACAGACAGUAAGCCUCCUUUUCAGAUCCUGCUGGAUGUGGUGCAGUUUCUCCCUGAAGAUGUUAUCAUCCAGAUUUUUGAAGGCUGGCUCCUGAUCAAGGCUCAACAUGGCACCAGGAUGGACGAGCAUGGGUUUGUCUCAAGAAGCUUUACCCGGCAAUAUAAGCUCCCGGAUGGCGUUGAAACCAAAGACCUGUCUGCUCUCUUCUGCCAUGACGGCAUUUUGGUGGUGGAAGCGAAAGAUCGUGGAAGUGUUAACUGAAUUCCUGCCAGCUGCUGUUAAUAAGAUAGUCUGUGCCUUCCAGUGGGUCUGAGAGCUCCGUAUAAUGAGGGCAGGCAUGCGUGUGGCCCCAUUGGCUGCAUUUAUAGUGGGGAUUAAAAAAAAAAUAGAUCUGAAUAUA